GCGCGCGGUGAAAGGCGCAUUGAUGAAGUCUGUGGCGGCCUCGGAGCACAGCAGGGCUAGACGCUGACCAGGUCUGGCUUCCGCGGUCUUCUCCUCCGCCUACGCCUCCUGCUCCGCGGGGUCUAGCCGCCAGCGGCAUGCACCCCCCAGGCCGUGCCACCUCCCCGCAGUGGGGGCUCGGCCUCCUGCUGUUGCUGCUGCUAUUGCAGCUGCCCGCACCGUCGAGCGCCUCUGAGACCCCCAAGGGGAAGCAAAAGGCGCUGAUCCGGCAGAGGGAGGUGGUGGACCUGUACAAUGGAAUGUGUUUACAAGGACCAGCAGGGGUGCCUGGUCGUGAUGGGAAUCCUGGGGCCAAUGGCAUUCCAGGUACCCCUGGGAUCCCAGGUCGGGAUGGAUUCAAAGGAGAAAAGGGGGAGUGCCUGAGGGAAACCUUUGAGGAGUCCUGGACCCCUAACUACAAGCAGUGUUCAUGGAAUUCAUUGAAUUAUGGCAUAGAUCUUGGAAAAAUUGCUGAGUGUACAUUUACAAAGAUGCGCUCUAACAGUGCUCUGCGCGUUCUGUUCAGUGGCUCGCUUCGACUGAAGUGCAGAAACGCAUGCUGUCAGCGUUGGUACUUCACAUUCAAUGGAGCUGAAUGUUCAGGACCUCUUCCCAUCGAAGCCAUCAUUUAUUUGGACCAAGGAAGCCCUGAACUGAAUUCAACAAUUAACAUUCAUCGAACUUCUUCUGUGGAAGGACUCUGCGAAGGGAUCGGUGCUGGAUUAGUGGAUGUUGCUAUCUGGGUUGGCACUUGUUCAGAUUACCCGAAAGGAGAUGCUUCUACUGGAUGGAAUUCAGUAUCUCGCAUCAUUAUUGAAGAACUACCCAAAUAAAUUUUUCAUUCCCUACCUCUUUUUUUUUGAAUCAUACCUUUGGUUCAUUUAAAUGACAUUUAAAAAAUCAUUUUAUACAUAUAUUUGAGUGAAAAACAAAGCUAAAAAUGUUUACAGACCAAAGUGUGAUUUCACACUUUUUUUAAACCUAGUACUAUCCAUUUUAUUUCAAUCAAAAUGGUUUCAGGAUUUUUUAGUUGAUUAGAAUCCUUUCCUCCUAUUCACAUUCUCUGAACCUAUAGUUGGAAUGUCAUUGUGGUCUUUAGUUUUUCCUAUUCUGUUAGCAUAGCCUUUUAAAAAAAUAUCCAAAUUACCAGUUUUUGUACAAGUUGUAAAUGUUUAAAAUUGUUUUAUAUCUGUUAAAUAAAACUUAUUUGAAACAAA